GGUGUACUCUCGUUGGCCGCUCGCCAUUUCCCGAAUAGGAGAGAAUAGGGAGACAGAAGAGAAGGUAGGGUAGGGUAGGGUUGAUGGUCUACUUGCACUGCCAUCCCCGAGCAAACAGUUCCGUGGAACAUUGGCAUCACAGGUAGGGAAGUCGUGGCUGGAGGCUCGUGGAGUGAAGGUGGAAGUAGCACGCUAUCCAGCCAAGUGGAGAUGGCGACGAUAGCUGCGGCACGGACGAGCUGUCAGAUUGCCACGUGGCGACCGCUGGUUAGAGUUGAAGAUGCGGCGGCAUCCAGUAGCAGCUCGAGGUGUGGUUGCUGCUGCGGCGGGGAGACAUUGGUCGUUCCCCAACUCUCGUCUCUUAGCUCAACCUAUGGAGAAACAAAGACUGCGUUAACGUACCGUAACGCCGCCGCUGGAUCAGCAUCGUCGUCUUCAUGGGGACGGAUGGCGUACUCGCGGUGGGAUCGACCAGGCAGAGGAAAGAGAGAUCGCAGCUAUGGCGACAAAGGGAAGAGAGAACGCAGCGAUGGCGAGAAGAACGCAAGGUGCGGCCUUAAGAACUUCCGGCACUCUUCUUUUUCAUCUUCUUCUUCUUCUUCUUCUUUUUCUUCUUUUUGUUCUUUUUCUUCUUCUUCUUGUUGUGGGCCGAGGGAGACGACACGUGGACAAGGGUUGAAUGACGACAAGUUGAAGUGUGGACGCAGAUCGUGGAUCUUCCAAUGCAAUGCUGUUCCAGGUGGAGAGGACGACGGGAAUCCAGAACUAGAGAGUGGAACAGCUCCGUCAUCAAGGAAGGAGGAGGAUCGGAGGUCGGCGGCUAUGGCUGCGGCGACCAGCCCGGCGAUGGCGGCGGCAGCGGCGGCAUCUGCAAGGGCGGCCAAGCCGCGUGACGAAUAUAGGAAGAUCGAAUACGUGUACAAUCCUAAGGAGAAGAUCGACUCGUUUGCCCAAACGAUGUCGACUUUCGAGAAUCUUCCGCGAAGUUUGACGCUCUUUUCUCCGUGCAAGGUGAAUGUGUUUCUGCGCGUGACCAGAAAGCGCGAGGACGGGUUUCACGACCUGGCGUCGCUGUUUCACGUGAUUGAUCUGGGUGACGUCAUCAAGUUUUCGUUGUCACCCUCGACGCGCAGAGACUCGCUGACGUCGACUGUGUCCGGGAUCCCACUUGAUGAGAGGAACCUGAUAAUAAAGGCAUUACAGCUGUACAGGAAGAAGACAGGCGCACGUCAGUAUUUUUGGAUUCAUCUCGAUAAGAAAGUGCCAACCGGCGCGGGAUUGGGCGGAGGCAGCGGCAAUGCCGCCACGGCUCUAUGGGCGGCAAAUCAAAUGUGCGGCGGCUUAGCCUCCGAGAAGGAUCUGUUGGAAUGGGGAGCGGAGAUUGGCUCCGACGUGCCAGUCUUCUUCUCUCACGGCGCUGCUUACGUCACAGGAAGAGGGGAAUUUGUGGAGGAUAUACCGUCCCCCUUCUCCCAAGAUACUCCCCUGGUGCUGCUGAAACCGCCGGAAGAAUGUGCCACUGCCGCCGUUUAUAAGAGGUUCAAUAUGGCAAUGGCAAGUGCCGCCGCCGAUCCAGAAAAACUUCUGGAUAAGAUUAGAUUAGAAGGAUUAUCUCAGGACACGUGCGUGAAUGAUCUGGAGCCUCCGGCGUUCCAGAUAUUGCCGUCGCUUCGGGCGCUGAAGCAACGAGUAGCCAUGGCCGGCAGAGGACGGUACUCCGCGGUAUUCAUGUCGGGAAGUGGGAGCACUAUCGUAGCGGUAGGCGAUCCCGAUCCGCCGUCCUUCAUUUACGAUGAGGAGGAGUAUGCGGACCUGUUCGUGGCGGAGGCUCGGUUUUUGGUACGGAGAGCGAACCAGUGGUACGCGCCAGCUGGAACGGGACCGGGAUGGGCGAGUGGGGAUGCCGCGGCGGCUGCGGCGUACGAACAGAGACCGGAGGAUGAUGGGUGUCGUGGCGCGCAAGGAUGGGGGGAAGGGGAUCUGAUGGACCUCCGCUUGCCCUUCUCUUAUGAGGCUUAGGGCAUACUCACACUAGCAAUGCUUUUAAAUGUAGCUGACUGAACUCACGUCCAGACCGGGAUCUAUCUGAUGUGACCGUAAUCACGUCGAGACCGCGAUGCAUCUCACACCGUAAUCACGUCCUGGUGCGAGUAUAUGGCCUUAGGUGAAAUUCAGAUAUAUACUGUGUAAUUAUGUAAUACCACUUGUUUGUUUUGCACUCUAUUUAUCCAUCCCAACGUAUACAUAUGUAUGGAUAUAUAUAUCGUCAUAUAUAUAUAUAUAUAUCUGCCUACGGUUUUAUCGGGCAGUUCUGUUUGUGACGAUAUAUAUAUAUAUAUAUAUAUAUAUCACAGCCCCUCGUUUGUUGUCCUCUUCUCCCUCUCUGCCUACGGUUUAAAUGUUCAGCCUCCUGAUGAGAUGGCGAAACUCCGACGACACAGUCCUGUCACUGCCCCUCGUUUGCUGUCCUCUUCUCCCUCUUGUCCCUCUCUGCCUACGGUUUACCGAGCGGGCAGUCCCGCUUGACGAUAUAUAUAUAUAUAUAUAUAGAUUAAGUAUGCCUUCUGACAGUGUAGUAUGUAUCUGUAUCCAGUCUCGUAGACAUAAGUUAAUGUAGAUGAAGUAUGCACUCUGACGGUGUAGUAUGUAUCUAUAUCCAGGUUACAAUUUUGGGAAAGAGAAUGCAACAGCACCCUACCUCCGGAUGUGUCAUUACAUGUAAAUGUAAAUGUAUGUCCCGACCAA